UCGUUACUACUCUUCAGUUCGGAGCUGUGAGUUUGCAAAUAAACUACUCAAAAACAAGAAUUUAUUUCAGAAGAUUCAUUUGAAUAUUUCAAUCGCUCAGUUCACAGAGCUUACAAAGAAGAACUGAAUAAAGAAAACCCUCAGUUGUGCUAACAAUCGCUCUAUCUCAUUUGAAAAAUGAGCCAUAAAAACAUAUUACUUCUGAAAAAUGAAAAUUAUAUACGUAUAAUUUCUUAUACUAUGUACAUAUAUACGUUUUUGACCAUUCUGUCAGACUAUUUUUAUAAACAUCUUGGCUUCAACAGUAAAAAAAAGUAACAGUCGUAUUCAGAAUCAGAAUAAAUAUUCAAAGAUAUAGGUAACCUGAUAUUAUAACUGUCGCGACCGGUAGCGGGAACUGGUGAAAUAUUUCUCUUUUCUAUGAACUAUUUCAAAUACCUGAUUAAUUUUUCGAUUUGGCAACGUAGCUGCCAAUUUCAUGUAGCAGAUUCGGGGGUCUAUUCUCCAUGUGUACCCAGAAUAAUAUAAAUAUAUGAGUAUUCACAACAAAAGAGUUAAGACUGAAUUAGAAGAAAUGGGACAAGAUGAUGAUAGGAUAUCAUUUGACUAUGAUGUCCAGCAUACAAUUGACGGGCAGUAUACUGAAGAUAUAAAGACCGAAGACGUAAAGACUGAAGAUAUAGAUAUUGUUGACCAGUACAUUGAUGAGAAUGGAAUAAGAUCGUCGAUUGGAUAUGAAACAGAAAUGAAGAGAGAUUAUAGUUUCAAUGAGAGAAUUACUUUUGAAAUUAAGCCAUUGAGUAGUGAACAUGACUCAUCUAAUAAAUAUCAAACUAGGAAUUAUAAGGAUGCUGUUCCUUCGAAUGAACAAGAACAAGAAUGUCUAGUAUGUGAGUUUACAACAAAUGACGAGAGAAAUCUAAAACAGCAUUUUGAUGUUGUUCAUUUGAAAGAACGAAAACAUAAUUGUGAGUUUUGUGAGUAUUCUGCUAAACAUAAGCAAAGACUUGAAAUUCAUAUAAAGGCUGUUCAUUUGGAUAAACGAGAACAUAUAUGUCACCUGUGCAAUUAUGCUUCAGCUUAUAGACAGAACAUCCGAAAGCAUAUAGAAGUAGUUCAUCUGAACAAACGAGAAUAUAAAUGUGGAUUUUGUGAGUAUGUAGCUCAGCAGAAAGAACAACUUGAAAAUCAUAUAAAGGCUGUUCAUUUGGAUAAACGAGAACAUAAAUGUCACCUGUGCAACUUCGCUUCAGCUUAUAAACGGAGCCUCAAAGAGCAUAUAGUUGCAGUUCAUUUGAAUAAACGAGACCAUAAAUGUGUGUUUUGUGAGUAUGCAGCUAACAAGAAGGAAAAUCUUGAAAAUCAUAUAAAGGCUGUUCAUUUGGAUAAACGAGAACAUAAAUGUCACCUGUGCAACUAUGCUUCAGCUCAUAAAUUCAACAUCGUGAAGCAUAUAGUUGGAGUUCAUUCGAAUAAACGAGAACAUAAAUGUGUGUUUUGUGAGUAUGCUGCUAAACAUAAGCUAAACCUCGAAAUUCAUAUAAAGGCUGUUCAUUUGGAUAUACGAGAACAUAGAUGUCACAUGUGCAACUUUGCUUCAGCUUAUAAACAUAGCAUCAAAAAGCAUAAAGUAGCAGUUCAUUCGAAUAAACGAAAACAUAAAUGUGAGUUUUGUGAGUAUACAGCUAACAACAAGGAAUAUCUUGAAAAUCAUAUAAAGGCUGUUCAUUUGGAUAAACGAGAACAUAAAUGUCACCUGUGCAACUAUGCUUCAGCUUAUAAACAGAACAUCAAAAAGCAUAUAGUUGCAGUUCAUUUGAAUAAACGAGAAUAUAAAUGUAAGUUUUGUGACUUUGCAGCUAACCAGAAAGGAAACCUUGAAAAUCAUAUAAAGGCUGUUCAUUUGGAUAAACUAGAACAUAGAUGUCACCUGUGCAACUUUGCUUCAGCUUAUAAACAGAGCAUCAAAAGGCAUAUAGAUGAAGUUCAUUUGAAGUAUGAACGAAAAGGGAGGAGUCGAUAAAGAUAUGAAUGUUAUUCGCUUCAAUAAACUAGAAUGUGUUAACAUUUUUAACUCAUAUUCAUAAUCACACACAUACUCGCAUACGAGUAUGAUUCAGUUAUAAAAGAAACCUAAAAAAGCAUAUAAAUACUAUUCAUUUGAAUGGAAAAAACAUAAAUAUCACCUAUACAAGUUCACUGUGUUUGGUAACAAAAUUGUCUUGUGGAAAAUGAGUAACUACCUCUAGUACCUGAUGAUAUUGACGAUUCAGAAUUGAAUAAUUUGAUCGUGACGACAGAUGUAUCUGAUGUACCUCUUGACAAUCAGAGUGUGAGUAUCAAUGCUUGCAGAACAGAAUUAAUCAAUAUUUAUUUUAUCAAAUUAAUUAGUGAUAUUCUUAAAUCAACCUAUUUCAAAUAUUGAUUAUUUUUUUAAUUAAUUCAUGAAAAACAAUUUCUUCAUAAUUAUUCAUAAGCAGUAAUCCAUAAGCAGAAAUAUUAUUAAAUAAACCUUUUGUAAAUAUUGAUUUUUAUUUUAAUUAAUUUGUGAACAACAAUUUCUUCAUAAGUAAUUCAUAAGUAGUAAUGUUC